GCAUCCAAAAUUAAACCCUAAAUUAUUUUCACAAAGAAAAAGAAGAGAAUCUUCAGUUUCUUGUAUGAAUUGGUCAAAACAAACAAAAUUUUGUUAUUAUUUAGAGUUGUAUUUAGAGGUCAACCCUUUUUGAGACAAGUUCGUUGGUUGGUGGGUUCCCAUUUUCAUUUUUCCCAUUAUUUUUUAUUUCGUUUGUUUUUCUUUCUUAUCUUUUGCAGAAAACCAACCAACGAAAAUAAGAUUAAUGCCAUAUUAAUCACCCCUAAGCUCCUGUUUGUUUCCCAAGAAAAUUUUCUGAUCUCAAGGUUGAAGUGAGAAAGUUGUGAGAUUUUUUUUUUUUGGGUCGGAGAAAUGUUUGGAGAUUUCAUCACACGAUGCCUGUUGAUGGCUUUUGGGUAUGCAUACCCAGCAUUCGAGUGCUACAAAACUUUGGAGAGGAACAACAGGAAUCUUGACGUUGAAUCACUGCGUUUUUGGUGCAAAUAUUGGAUUAUUGUGGCAAUUUUCACAGUUUUUGAGAGGAUUUCUGAUAUUUUAAUAGCAUGGCUUCCUGUGUAUGGUGAAAUGAAGCUGGUUUUUCUUGUCUACUUAUGGCAUCCAAAAACAAGGGGAAGUGGGCACCUGUAUGGAACAAUGUUGCAGCCAUAUUUGGUGAAGAAUGAAGCAGAGAUUGAAAGAAUGUUGGUGGAAUUGAAAGUGAGGGCUUGGGAUUUGGCUUACCUUUUCUGCACAAACUUCUCAGAAAUGGCCCAUUCCACCUUCUUCAAAGUCCUCAAAUAUGCUGCUGAUUUCCAGUCCUCAAAGUUCAAGAACUCCCCCUGGAAAAUCGAUCAGCAACCUCCCAUGGAGUCUCCACCGCCUCCAAACAAAUUGCCGUCGUUCUCCGCUCGAGCCGGCGUGCAGACGGCCGACUCGCAGAGAGCCGCGGCGGCGUCUGGCGUCGGAGGCGGCGUUGCGGAUUCGGAGACGGCGGAUGCUGCAGACGGUGGCCAAUCUCCAGACUUCUGCGAAGCACAGGAUAAUGAGCAAGAUAAACCUGCAUCUCCAUAUCCCCCAGGGGUACGAACUCGAUUGAGGCGAGUUAAACCGCUAUCUUAAUUUUGUAAUUGUAAGAACAAAAAAAAAUGCUGUACAAAAGAAUUGAAUCGAUCGAAUUCAGAUGGAGAUUCAAGAGAAAUUGAAACUGGAAUUCUUUCUUGUGUAAAAUGUAAAUUAUUCGAAUGUUCGUUCAAAUUGAAUCUGUUUUUCUAUGAAUGUUGAUUCUCUUUUGCGAUUGGAUUGCAAACCUUUUUUUCUGUAAGAGAAAAGAGAGGGAUUUUUACAGCGGAAUCAAAUCUAGUCGAUUACAGCGGCAGAAGUCGUCGUCGUAGUCAAUACGGCAAUCCGAAAUCUGCGAAAACGACGCCGUCACAAGCAAAUGCAGAGGCGAAUAACUCGGACAAUGGCCGGGAUUACAGUCCCUCUGAUGAAUCCGAGACAAUCGGUGAUCGGAUUUCCGGCGGAGAGGCGGAGGCAGACACGGUGGAAAAAAUUAGGGCCGGCGGAAUAGGAAGAGGCGGACAUAGGCUGGAGGUAAGCCCAGGCGGCCUGCUUAACGAGGCGGUUGCGGAUCGAGAUUUCGUAGCCGGAGUUAGGGGCGGAGGCGGCGGUCGGAGAGUUGACGGCGGCGGUGGAGGGGAGGAUGUCCUUGAGGGAGGUGUAGGAUUGGGAGGAGGACUUGAAGGAGAGGAGCCUCAAGUCAAUCGGCGAGGGCGGCGGAGGGGGGAAAACGGUGCCGUCUGGCGGAGUCAUGGCGGCGGAGGAGGGAAUCGGAAUCGAGUUUCUGCGGCGGAGAACUGGUGGUGAUAGCGACGGCGCUGGCGGUGCGGCGGAGCCGUCCAUAGAGAGAGAGAGAAUAUGGUGUGGUGCGGUGAGAGGGAAAUGGAAGAAUAACGUUUUUUGGGAAACUCGGCGGCUUUGCGUUUGCAAUUAUUGGCCCAAAGUUGUCUCCUUCUGACGUGUUUUCCUUAUCAAUUUUAUUUUUAUUUAUUUAUCCAAAACAUUUUAUUUGCCUAA